GUGCGCUCCUACGCACGGCCCGGGGCGGCCGGGGCACGGCGGCGGCGGCGGGGAGUGGGCACCGGGCACCGCCGCGGGCCCGGAAUGAGCUGUGCCCCCGCCUCGGCCUGACCCCCGCCCUGCCCGUGCCACCAUGCUCAUCAAGGAGUACCGCAUCUGCAUGCCACUCACCACCGAGGAGUACCGCGUGGGGCAGCUCUACACCAUCAGCAAGCACAGCCACCAGGAGAGCGAGAAGGGCGAGGGGGUGGAGGUGGUGAAGAACGAGCCCCACGAGGACCCCGUCCACGGCCCCGGGCAGUUCACCGAGAAGCGAGUCCACCUCUCCAGCAAACUGCCAAGCUGGGCACGGGCGGUGACCCCCCGCAUCUUCUACAUCACGGAGAAGGCCUGGAACUACUACCCCUACACCAUCACUGAGUACACGUGCUCCUUCCUGCCCAAGUUCUCCAUCUACAUCGAGACCAAGUACGAGGACAACUGCGGGGACAGCGAGAACAUCUUCCGCAGCGAGAAAAUCCUGGGGGACCACGAGGUCUCCUUCCUGGACAUCGCCUUCGACGAGAUCCCUGAGCGCUACUACCGCAGCCUGGAGGACCCUCGCUUCUUCAGCUCGGCCAAGACGGGCCGGGGCCCCCUGCGGGAGGGCUGGCGCCAGCACACCAAGCCCAUCAUGUGCUCCUACAAACUGGUGAGCGUCAAGUUCGAGGUGUGGGGGCUGCAGACCCGCGUGGAGCAGUUCGUGCACAAGGUGAUCCGGGACAUCCUGCUGAUCGGGCACCGGCAGGCCUUCGCCUGGGUGGAUGAGUGGUGUGGGAUGACGAUGGAGGACGUGCGGCGCUUCGAGCGGGAGACGCAGGAGGCCACCAACGAGCUCGUCGGCCUGGUGGCACCAACCAUCUCGGUCAGCGAGGUGGCACCGCCCGCCGCCACGCACUCGGCCCCCGCCAGCGCCCCCUCCACCCCGCUCAGCGACGAGCCCCCCGAGUUCCUCGCUCCCCCCAAGGCUCGGCCGCGCAAGAAAUCGGCGCCGGAGAGCCUGACGCUGCCCCGGGACCGCGCCGGUGCCGAGUGACGCCGGCGGUGCCACGCCGUGCCAGCCCUGCCGCCCCCGCGGCCCCUCCGGCGGGCGCUGAGCACAGGGCGGGCCCCGCUGCUGGGGCGCGGGGAGCCCCGGGGCGGUCCCGACCGCCCCGCAGCGCUGCGGGUGCCCGCAUGGGAUCUUGUCACCAUCGCUGUGCUGGACCCGCUGGCUGUGCAGGGAGGGGACGCCAGACCGGUUCGAGGGGUCCCUGGCAGCAUCGAGGGAUGCCACGGGAGCUAGAUCGGCAGCGCCUGUGGCUGGGCUGGGCACUGGUGCCGGUCUGAGGAGCUGCAGGGCACGGUGAGCGAUGCUGGAGCACCACCCUGCAGGGUAGGCACUGGCGCAGGGCACAGCACAUGUGACAAGUGACAAUGACAGCCAAGUCCUGGGCUGGGGCUCCCCACGGGACCCUGGCACGGCAGGUCCUACAGUCGGGGUCCCCUUUGCUGUCCCUCCAGAGGUGGGGCUGGGGCAGGCUCAGCCUCCCAUUUUUGGGAAAACAAAGACCUUUUAGGAAAUAAAGCUCCAGACAC